CUUUCCCUCGGGGUCACUCGAACCCUCCCCAUCUGAUUCUCUACUUACAUUUGUCCUCUUUGGUUACAACUAUUGGACACAAAUACGGCAAUUGGUGAAUUGUACAUUUAUUGCACUGUUACCGAAAGUCAUCGAUAAGAAAUAAACUCCGUCAUUUCAAUCGUUAGAAUUAGCAUACCCCCGAACCGUUGGUCAAGUAUUUUUGUUGCAUUGGAUAUCACGUCCGAAUGGUGUGGGUGGUGAAAUUAUUUUCAUUAUCAAUUGCCUUUACGUGUGAGGGGCUUCUUUGAAAGGGUGUUCUUUUUUGAAAUACCGAAACCACAGCAAACAUGUUUUGGACUAAUAUUUAUUCACUAUCGCCACACAUCGAGGCAUUACUCAACAAAGAGUGCAAUGCACAUCUGGAGUUCAGGAUUUUCCCACUUGUUUCUCGGCUUCCUUCGUAUAUCUACCACCAGCGACCAAGUCAUUGUCACUAUCUGACUUUCACGUUUUGUAAAAGGAUCAACUGCAUGUAUUUUUCGAGCAACUGGUGAAUUUAAGAGGCAGAGCAAUUGGUUUGCAAUUAUGUUACUAUUUAGAACACCACAUAAAUAAAUAGAUGAAUUCAUAUUAAUCAAUUGCAAAAAUUCGGCGUGUGUCAAUAUCUGUCACUUUAUAAAUACUGGAGCUGCGUGUCCCAGUCACUGCCACCUUCUGCAGGCAGUUUAUGCCAAGGAAAAUAUGCAACAGUACUGAAAUAUGAUGAUCAGAAUUAUUUCAUCCUCACCACAAUCCUAGGACAUUACUCUCCACGAGUUAAUGGAUCAGGAAGAAAUAGUCGCUGAGUGUAAAAGUCAGAACAAGAAAUUGGUGGAUUUUUUAACCAAGCCGGAAAUUAUGGAGGAGUUGGUCACACUUACUACUAAAGAGCCUUCCAGUGAUAUCGAGGAGCGUUGGCGUUACAAGUAUCCCAAUAUUGCCUGCGAGUUACUCACUUGUAAUGUACCCACACUCACGGAGAAAUUAGCGGGUUCGGAAAGUUUGCUGAUCAAGCUGUACACGUUUAUCGACACUGACAAACCCCUGAAUCCCCUUCUUGCCUCGUUCUUCAGUAAGAUCAUUGGGGUACUCCUGAUACGGAAAAGUGAUCAGAAUUGGUAUUCCUAUCAGUUGGUGUGUUUACAGGUUUUAGAAUUCCUUAAAAGUCGCCUAAAAUGUGUUUAUCGACUUUUGCAACAUUUGGAAACAUCGGCUAUUAUGGAUUUAGUGCUAAAGCUUGUUACCAAAAUCGAAGGCGCCGAGAUGCAACAGAAUAUCUUAAUCUGGCUGGAUAAUCAGCAACUUGUACAGCAAUUGAUAAACCUAUUAGCGCCAACGACGGACUCAUCGAGACACGCUAAUGCGGCACAGUUACUUUGUGAUAUCAUUAACUCAGCUAGGGAGUUCAGGAUAACGUGUACAGAGCGUCUUUAUCCUGAUCCAAUCUUGCAUGCUUUAGAAUCGGAGGAAACAGCGUCUUUGCUUUUGGAUACAAUUUUAUCAAAUGAGCAUGUGGAGAGCAGUAUUGUGGGUGGAAUCCAAGUACUUCUUGUACUGUUAAGCCAGGGAACAAAUAAUACAUUCAGUGAAACAGACGUACAAGCGAAUAAUCCAAAUAACCAUAUGGCUGAUACAAUCGAUCGUGCAAAAAUUCAAAACGCCGUUAUUCCACACCUGGAGAAGCUUCAGCAGCUUCUGAUCAAUCCCCCGCCUAAGCCCGCAGUGAGAACCACUGCAGGAGUAUUGGACAAGCCUCUUGGUAACACUCGACUGCAUAUCGCCAAAUUAGUAGCAGCACUUCUGAGUGCCGAGAAUAUUGACGUUUUCCAAAAACUAGCUGAACUAGGAACAUUCCAAACUCUACUGGAUCUAUUCUUCACGUACUCGUGGAAUAAUUUCUUACACACCCAGGUAGAACAGUGCUUGGCCUUAGUUAUUAAUGAACACUGGGACAAGAAUAGAGAAGCCGUUUACACGCACAUAUUUUCCCAGUGCAGAUUGAUUGAACGUAUGUUGGAGGCCUGGACUGGCAACGAUACUCAUCAGAGCAAGGAGAAGGGCAUACGCCAGGGCUACAUGGGCCAUUUAAUUGGCAUAGCUAAUAAUAUUGUUACGCAGUCUACGAAGUGCGAGGCCUUGGAGAAGUUCCUGAAGACCAAUAUGACUACAGAGUGCUUUAAUCAAUGGGAGAAUUUUGUAAAUACUCAACUGACUGAAAUUAAUGAAACCCAUCAAAUAUUGCUGGGUGGAAAAGCACAGCCUUUCAUGACAUCAUCAGAGGACAACCCCGAGGAAUUCUCCUACUCCCAGGAUCCCUACGUUCAGCAGGUUUAUGCAUAUUAUCAGGGACAAGAAAUGACAUCGCAUUUUAUUGAAAAUUUCGGCUUCCACGACGAUGAGUUCAAUGAUGGAAAUGAUGUUCUUCAACCAAGUAAUUCAGUUGAUCAAUUAACCACGAUGCCUUUCACACUGAGCGAGGAAGAUCUUGCUAAGAAGGAGGAAAUAUUCAAUAAGAUAUGCCAACAAAAACAGAAAUUAGGAAUAGAGGAGGGCGGAGUCGAGUGGGGAGACGAGGGUGAGGCGACUUUCCAGACAGUCAUAGAUAAACGAGGUUGGCCUUUCAAUCAGAAACAGCCUGACUCUACGUCAUCCGAGUCAGACGAAGCAACGAGAGACUUACACAUGGAGGUCGACUCCUCCGAUCUUCCCACUUUAGCUUGGGAUUCAUCAGAGCCAAUUUCAACCACUAUCGUGCUCCCUCAAGUGAACCCCUGGGAUGCGAAUGCCUCUCAGGCGGAAGAGUCCUCCGGCUGGGCUAAUUUUGAUGAUUUCGAGAGCACCCUGAACAUAACAAGUUCGUCACCACCCCAGGAUACUAGUGACACCGAUAAGCAAGAUCCUGUACCUGAGACAACGACAACCGAAAGUUCACAGACGUUGACUACAUCCGCCACAAAAAACCCCACUGAUGAAAGUCAAAAAGAGAAUGAGAAAAACGAAACAAGUAUUACGACUCAGAGCCUUCCUGCGAGUGAACUGGCGAAAGAACCUGAGAAAAGCACCCAGAGUGAGAGCAAAGCUGACGAACCAGGGGACAAGCCACGUACACUCACAUCGUUAUAAAAUGAAUUUUUAACUACUAAUAAACAAUGGAUACUGUUGCCACAUUGCACUUGUAUAAAUUAUAUAGAAAGACGAAAUAAUGGUUUCUUUUUACUUUUGAGAUUCUGGUGAGGCUAACCCGGUUUAAUAAAAAAACAUCAUAAAACUACAAUUUAUGAAAAGAGAAAUAGGAGAAGUAAGACGUUUCCAUGUAAAGUAUUUCAUUCAUAUAUUACAGAUCAUAUCAGAAGAAAAAGCCAGGUAUUGAAUUUUAUUCGCGGGUGAGAAAUUCAUGGGGAAGAUAAAGUCCUAAGAAAUUUCUACAUGAAAAUAAAAAAAAUAAAAAAAAAGAUGAAAAAUUAAUAAUAGCUUUGGGAUUGAAAAAAAAAUUGUAAUAAUUAUUGUAUAACUGCAGGGUAUUUUAUUGCAGAGUUGAUGAAGGGAAAAGGGAAAACACUUGUGAUGCUCAAUUGUUUUAGUUCACUUGUUUGAUGUCUAUAAUUAAUUAAUUAACAAUAAAUUACCUAGUAAAGUGGAAA